CUUGGGUCAUUUAGCCCAACCCCUUCUGCCCUUGUGCCGUGGGGGCCGGAUAAAUGGCUUCGAUGGGCCGCAUCCGGCCCCCGGGCCUUAGUUUGGGGACCCCUAAUAUAGAGUAUUAAAAUGGGUUGGAUAUUGUAGAAGGUUGGAGUGGAGAUAAAUGAUUGGGAUGAUGGGCGGGCGCUAGGACCCAGGGGACAGCUUUUUCCCAUUGCCUGCCUUUCCUGUUGCCGGCGGCCAUUAUUGCUGUAUCUUUCCCUCCCUCCUGGCAUGGCUCCCGAUGGUGCGUUGUGGGUUCUGUCCAUGUGGAGAAAAUGUCCAGCAGGAAAAGGCCAUCAGGAGCAUUUCAUCAUAAAAGGAAGUUGCAGCAUUGCAAAGAAGAUGAGAAUCAAGCUAAAGCAUUGCAAAGGUUUUUAACGACUUCACCAUCAUGUGAGACAGGAAACAUAGAGACAACUAAAUUGACUGAAUCAGAUCAUGAUGACGAUGGCAAGAUACCAAUAUCUGAGCCUUUACCUGGAUCAUCAACAAUUCAAGACCUUCCUACAGUGACUACAGCAACACCAUUAGCACCCUCAAUUAUUGGUUGUGACAUAAUUGGGACCAACACGGGAGAUGUGCAUGAUGAUUUAUUAAGAGAUGUAGUCCUACCAUCUAGUAGUCAGCAAACCGUUGAAACUGAACUAAGCAGAGACUCAUUGUUGAUUUCAAAUGAUUGUGGAGAGUGGCCACCCAAAAUAAAUGAUGAGUUACGGAAAAUACUUGUGGAACGAGGACCUCAGCAAGUCAUAGACAAAGAUUUUCCUCAGGACGCUAUGGGUAUGAGAUUUACCUCAAAUCAUUAUAAAAGGAAGCUGUGCAAUGGAGAGCAUGUCCACAGGGUUUGGCUACUAUAUUCUGUAUUGAAAAAUGCAGUUUUUUGUUUUGCUUGCAAAGUUUUUGGAAACACUAAUUCUCCUCUUGCUAGUAGCCAAGGGGAUUCUGACUGGCAGAACUUGGCCGAGACUUUGGCCAGUCAUGAGACAUCCCAUAUUCAUAUGAAAAACCGUGCAUCUUGGCAUGAGCUCUCUGUACGUUUACAGUUAAACAAAACUACUGUUGCAGAACAUGAAAGGCUUAUUCAUGCUGAAACUGAACAGCAAGAUCUGACACGUUUACUAUGUGUAGCAGAGAUUUUGGGGGCACAAGGAUUGGCAUUUCUAGAGGAAAAAGAUGUUCCAUUUGAACAUAAUGGUGGCAACUUUUUUAAAUUGGUAGAACAGAUAGCAAAGUUAGCUGGUGUUAUGGCUGAACAUGUGAGAAGAAUCAAUUCCAAAGAAACACAUGUUCACUGUUUGAACGAAAGUGUCCAGAAUAAGUUUGUUAGUUUCUUGUCAGCCAAGAUCCAGGAUAAUAUUUUACAACAACUAUGCCAGGCAAAAUAUUAUUCUAUUAUAUUAGAUUGCACUCCCGAUGCUAGCCAUACUGAACAAAUGACCCUGAUGGUAAGAUUCAUAAAAAUUGAAGGAAAGAAAGAGGUCUCAAUUAAGGAACAUUUUUUAGGCUUUGUUCCUGUUACCCAUUCUUCAGAUGAAGAUCUCACAGAAAUACUACUCCAAGAGUUAGAAGCACGAGGCAUUCCUUUAAAAUCCAUGAGAGGCCAGGCCUACGACUGUGGUUCUGCAAUGAAGGGAAAGCAUGUUGGACUCCAGAGGAGGAUCCUUGAUUUAAAUCCUAGAGCCUUUUAUGUACCAUGUGGAAACCACUCCCUGAACUUACUCUUAAAUGAUGCAGUUCUGUCUUGCAGUAUCGCAGCAGACUGUUUCAACACAAUACAACAAAUCUUUAGCUUUUUUUCAAAUUCUACUCAAAAAUGGUGUAUUUUGUUGAAGCAUGUUCCAACACUCACAGUCAAACCAUUCUGCAAUACUCGGUGGGAAAGUAGAAUCGAGGCAUUGUUGCCUUUGAGGUUCCACAUUGAAGAAGUCUACGAUGCCUUAUAUGAAGCUUAUGAAGAGCAGAUAUUUGAUGGAUAUUCUAGCAGCCGCGCUGCAGCUCUUCUUAAACAACUGCAAAGCUUUAGGUUUCUGUGCUGUUUAGUGACAUGGCAUGAGAUCCUGCAUAAGAUAAAUAGGGUUAGUAAAUUGUUGCCAAAAGUCACAAAUGAUCUUCAAAGUUCUAUGGAUCUUAUUAAGAGUGUAAAAUCAUUUCUAGAAAGGAUGAGAUCUGAUCAAGGUCUAAAUAGCGUCAUUAUAGAUGCAAAGGAACUUGCAGAAAAAAUCGAUGUUGCUGCUGACUUUGAAAAAGAACUGCCAGCUCGACCAAGAAAUGUAAACAGACAAAUUUCCUAUGAGAGUAAAGAUGAAGCUGUCCAUUCUGAUAAAGAUUCUUUUAAAGUCAACUUCUUCUUUGUUGUGCUUGACACAGCAAUAUCCUUGUUAAAGGAGAGAUUUGAACUAAUGGAAAACCAUAGCAAAAAUUUCAAAUUUCUCUAUGAUAUUUCAAGCCUUGGGAAAAGUUUGAAUGAAACAGAAUUGAAGAAUGCCUGCCAACACCUUCAAACAGUUUUGAGCGAUGGAGAAGACUGCGAUGUGAAUGGUGAUGAUCUGUUUGAUGAGCUACAAAUAUUUGCACAUUUGUUGCCCCCUGGAAGUCACCCAGCUGAAGCCUUGUCUUUCAUAACCAAACGUGGUUUAGUGGCAACUUUCCCAAAUGUCUAUAAUGCAUUGAGAAUUCUGUUAACACUUCCAGUAUCCAUGGCCAGCAGUGAAAGGAGUUUUUCAAAAUUAAAACUAAUAAAAACUUACUUAAGCUCUACUGUGACUGAAGAGUGCUUGAGUGGACUAGCAACCUUGGCCAUUGAAAAUGACUUGUUGGAUGAAAUGGAAUUAGACUUACUAGUACAGGAAUUUUCAAAAUUGUAAGCCAGAAAAAUCUCUUUUUAAUUUUAAAAGUGUUCAAGUUAAUUUGUGUUAAGACAAACUGGAUGUUAAAAUACCCACUCAGUGAUGGGGCCAGAGGCUGGCUAUGUUGCCACACCCAUUGCAAUGGUCCAGGCUGGAGUGGUACUUCUGAAGGACAAGAGUUUGCUUCCUUAAAAAGGAAGUGUCUAUAUUCUUGAGGCUGCGUUCUCCAAAACAAAACUGAUUGAGAGAUUCAACAAGCAUGGGAUUGAGUGCUCUGUUAUUAGCAAGCCUGAAGUUUGAAAAAUCAGAGACAGCUUGACAAGGAAACCUUUGUGUAGUACUUGUAGACCAAAAAUAACAACAAAAACUUAAAAGUGUUGCUAAGUUUAAUAAAACAUUCUUUAAAAAGUUAAUUUGUUAAUUCUAUGUAAUGUAACUAUAUGAAUAUAAUGAUGUAAAUAAACUUCUGGUUUAUAAGGUUA